ACCAAUUCACUUGUCGCCGAUGAGAUGUUUUCAGAGUUUGUGUAGUGAAUCUGUCACUGCAUAGCCAUGCCGGAGAGUUUGCCGGAAGGAUGAAUUGUAUAUAAAACAUACCCAUACCGGUGCAACAUAACAGUGAGUCCUUAAGGCUGAAUAACUCUCCUUUACAGGACACUUGUACGUUCUUCGGGGAACACACUUGGAACACUCCUCCCGUUUUAGCAGUUGAUCCCAAUCUCUGACGAAAGACCCCACUCAUUUUAGCUAUGAGGAUUGCCUGGGCUAGAGUGCUUGGCCUUGGGUCGGUGGCGUUCGGUUCGUUGUUCUGGUCUCAGGAAAAGUUCGAGGCCACUACCGAGUGCCAGGCUAAGAAAGAAGACUCCUCGCAGUUAGAACUCAAACUCGUCCAAGUCCUCUUCCGACACGGUGCGAGAACACCGCUGAAAUCUAUCCCUGAUGUUUUAGAGGUCCAGUGGGUGCCUGACCUCUUGGAGGUUCCCCCUCAUACCCACAUCGAUUAUGUGGUCACAGACCUUGAAGGAGGACCAAGACCUCCAUCACCAGUCGAGGACAGCUACAGAGCCCAUAUACUUACCGGGGGAACUUACCCGGGUCAGCUGACCACGGUUGGCAUGCAGCAGCUGUAUGAUCUGGGCAAAAGGCUGAGGGCGAGGUAUAUCCAGGAAGUGCCCUUCCUGACAUCCUCUUUCAGCCCUGCUGAAGUCUACGUGCGCUCCACCAACAUUGUGCGAACCAUCGAGUCAGCCAAGUGCUUGGUGGCGGGGUUGUUCCAACAGAAGCAGGCAGAUGUUGUUCCCAUAUUAACGGCCGAGGCGGAGAAGGAGAUCCUGUACCCUAACUACCACGGCUGCAACCUGCUGAGGCUGCUGAGUGGUCACCGCUGGGCAGAGUCGUCUACACUGCCGGCCAUUGCAGAGGACCUGAAGAGCAUCCAGGAUGCACUCGGAAUCCCCGUCAACCAACGUGUUGACUUCAUCCUCAUCAGAGAUGACAUGGUGGCCCGGGAGACACAUGGCCUGGCCUGCCCCUCUGAGUUGGUCAGUUGGAGGGCCAUAGUGGAGCGGAGAGCCGUGGACAUGAUCUACCAUAUCUAUGAACCGAGUAAAAGGGAGAACCUGCAGCUUUGUGUGGGACCACUGCUUCACACUAUGAUGGCCAACAUGGACGAGAAAGUCAAAGGUGUAUCCCCUGAGCCCAACAGGAAGCUUUUCCUGUAUUCCGUCCAUGACACCACACUGAUGCCGUGUCUGAUGGCCCUUGGAAUCUUUGACAUGAAAUGGCCGCCGUACGCCGCCGACAUCACCCUGGAACUGCUUGAGCACCGCACCACCAAAGAGGCCUUCGUCAAGGUGGCCUACCUGGGCCAGGACCAGAAGAUCCCAGGCUGCAGUGGAGUGAUCUGCCCAUUGGCAGAGUUCCAGGAGGCCAUGGCGGCUUACACACUGCCUUUCGAUCGCUACAAGGAGCGGUGCGAUAAAACGGAGGGCCUACCUGCUAAACCCUGACCACAACACCCCACCCCUCCCCCUCUCUUUCUCUCGAUCAUCACCUCUUAACCAGGCUUUACACACUUGCUUAUUUUUAUUUUUUUUAUCUGGAAAGCACUGUUCACUAUAGUAAGAUCCAACCAGGUCAGCCUUAACAUGGCCGACCCUGAACAUGCCGCAUUGGUAUUAUUUGUUUAAAUCCUUCUCCUUUGUUGCACUUGUGCUCAGUACCAGCUUUAUCCAGUUUUGGACCAGCACAAACAGCGCUGUUCUGGUGCUUGAUGACAUCUGAACCAUUUCUGAACAAUCUCCUUGGAUUUGUGUGGCCAAAAUGCACCCCCUACCCCCAUCUGCUAACACUGUGGCAUUAGGGAAUUUCACUAACUGUUAGCUGUUAGUUAAUUUGGAAGAAAAACAGUCGAUCAUGCCAUUCCAUCUUAAACUGCUUUCUGUUUGAAUAUUGUAUAAAACACACAAAUAAUGCUUUCUGUUUGAAUAAUGUAUAAAACAUACAUCAUGGUAUGCAACUCAUUCUGCCGCUUAGAAGCAACUGAAGCACUUAACACAGAUUUUUUAUAUACUCCAUUUAGGCAGGACAUUCGUGUUAAGACUUAUCCACUGUAAUACUCUUGAAUGGUCCACUGCAAUAGAGUUAGUGCUAUCCACACACAUUCUGUUUGGCUGGCUCUCGUCACGGAAACUGCAGGAGCAGUCAGUAGCUACAGUGCCAGUACUCAUUCAAUAGCGAUUUUCACUCCAAUGAAGAGGGGGAAUAUAUAUAUUCUUAAAAUCUUACAGUAUGCAGCUGAAUAAACUACCUGUCUUUGUAAUUACCUCAGUACAUGUGAACCAUUGAUCUUUUUUUGUUAACAAAGUUAGUCUUCGAUGGAGCCUUGAACUAGUUACUGUUUAGGCACAGUGGGAAAACAAGUGACAUGCGGUAUAGCAUUUUAGGUAACAAAAAAACCUUUUUUGUUUGGCUUUCAUUACUUUCCAUUUCUACCAUGAUAACUACAGGCGUUUUCCUCAGGGAAAUGUGUGCGCAGUUUGCGUUUGUCUACUGAAGACUGUGUGCUCUUGCAAACAAAAAUUAUUUACAAAUAUGUCCCUUUUGACAGGGAGAAUUUUACUUGAGUUUUUGUGUGAGUGGGAAUAUACACGUUUGUGAGGAUGUAGGUGCCUUCUUAGACAGCAUGUGAAACUUUAUAUCUGAAAUAGGGAUUAUGUUUGUCUCCUCAAAAGGAGAUAUGUUUUUGAGUUUGAAUCAUCGAUGAUGCAACGACAAAUAAAUCAAUAAAGCUA